GGGGUGACGUGGGGGAGGGCCCUACGCGUGUCAGCCGCUCCUCAACAAUCCGCUUGGUUUACUCGGCCACACUGCAGCACGGGCAAGCGAGCGACACGGGCAGAAAACACGGAAUAACGUGAAAAACCGAGAGUGGAGAGAGAUGGCUGCAAUCCGUAAGAAGCUGGUGAUCGUCGGGGAUGGCGCCUGUGGAAAAACCUGCCUCCUCAUCGUCUUCAGUAAAGACCAGUUCCCUGAGGUCUACGUGCCCACCGUGUUCGAGAACUACAUCGCCGACAUAGAGGUGGAUGGCAAACAGGUGGAGCUGGCAUUGUGGGAUACUGCAGGUCAGGAGGACUAUGACCGCCUGCGGCCCCUCUCGUACCCCGACACAGACGUCAUCCUCAUGUGCUUCUCCAUAGACAGCCCAGACAGUUUAGAGAAUAUUCCGGAGAAGUGGACGCCUGAAGUGAAGCACUUCUGUCCCAACGUUCCCAUCAUCCUCGUGGGCAACAAGAAGGACCUCCGCAACGAUGACCACACACGGCGGGAGCUGGCCAAGAUGAAGCAGGAGCCUGUGAAGCCUGAGGAGGGCCGCGACAUGGCCAACCGCAUCAGUGCCUUCGGCUACCUGGAGUGCUCGGCCAAGACGAAGGAUGGCGUGCGGGAGGUGUUCGAGAUGGCCACCAGGGCGGCGCUGCAGGUCCGCAAGCGCAAGAAGAGGAGUGGCUGCCUGCUGCUCUGAGAAGAGCCAAUCAGGACGCAGCCUGCUUACGCCACACACGCACACACACACACACACACACACACUUCCAAAGCCAGAGACUGAGUGAGGAAGUCCAUUCCCCCUACUCUACUCUCCUCUCCGCUCUGUUUGUUUGUCCUUUGUUGCUUCUUGGAUAACUUGUCAUUUUGAAUUGUACAUGUGUUUUUGUGUUUCCAUAGCGUUCCUGCUAGUUUUUUUUUUUUUUUUUUUUCAUUCCGGAAGGCCAUGGUGCUCUGACAUAAUUUCCUUUUUCACAUUGUUUACAUGCAGGCAGACUGCCCACUACUGGGUUCUUUUUCCCUCUUCAACACACUCACACACACGCACACUUUUUCCUGUCUGUCAUGUGACCAGUGUAAUGUACCGACUGACUUGCACACCAGUCACACAUCACCUUCAAGCACAGACAGGGAGGGCCUAAGUGGUUGCCUUGGUAACAGUGUUUAUUUACCCUUUAACCUCUGAGGCCUGGACGCAUCACUUCCUGUGUGACACGAGGGUGACAACCAUUGGGUGCCCUGUGGGGUUCUCGGUUGCCGUUUGACUCUGGUGGACGAGGGCUGCUAGACAGCUAUCCAUGGCCUUUCUGCUAGGUGUCCAGAGCACAGGUGUGCACCAGGAGUGUGUGUGUGUGUGCGCGUGUGUGUGUCCUCUGUUGUAUCUAGACUCUUCUCGGUCCCUCACUGUAGCUAAUACAGCGUGAGUCGGUCCAGACUCGCUCAGUAAACGAUCUGGACUCCGUGCUGAUCUGAUGCUGGUCCCAGUAGUGAUCUAGUCCUCCUGCCUACUGGACCAGUUACUGAUCUGAUGCUGGUCCCAGUAGUGAUUUAGUCCUCCUGUCUAUUGGACCAGUAGUGAUCUGAUGCUGAUCCCAGUAGUGAUCUAGUCCUCCUGCCUACUGGACCAGUUACUGAUCUGAUGCUGGUCCCAGUAGUGAUCUAGUCCUCCUGCCUACUGGACCAGUAGUGAUCUGAUGCUGGUCCCAGUAGUGAUCUAGUCCUCCUGUCUACUGGACCAGUAGUGAACUGAUGCUGGUCCUGUUGGACCCAGACCAGGGGAUGACCCAGUGGCCCUGCCUCUUCUGUAAGGGCUCUACUGACUAACCCCGGGCACCCAGCAGAUCUUGGCCAAUCACAACGCCACAACUCUUGGCAUGCCCCUCGGCGGCGUGCUCCUGUCUCGUGUGAAUGACCAGAACGUCUCGUCUGAAGUUCCAAUAAGGUCUCCAGGCCUCUUUGAUGUUGAAAUACUAGUAUUAAACUACAUGAACUAUAUUCUGAAAAUUGUUCUGAGAAUACCUUAUGAAUAAAACUAUUGCCAAAUAUAAACCCCUGUACAUACUAA